GCUCCUGCCCCCAUCAGGCCUCCACGGGCUGAUUGUCCCCUCAUGGCGUCACUGAACUCGGGUGUCUAACCCAGUGGCGUUUCACCGGGGGUGAUCUUGCCUCUCAGGGAACACGCGGCAAGGUCUGGGCAUUUUCGGUCGUCACGACCGCGGGCGUGCUACUGACGUGAAGCAGUGAGGUCUGGACGCCUGAUUGAAUUCCGGUCCACCUUUGGAGAUGGGCUACAAGCCUUCACCGGUGGAUUGUGUUGUGCGUCCUGGUGCGUCAGGAGACUGCUGGCUUCUGGCGGCUAUCGCCUCCUUGACCUUGAAUGAAGAGCUGCUUUACCGGGUGGUGCCCAGGGACCAGGACUUCCAGCAGAACUACGCAGGAAUCUUUCAUUUUCAGUUCUGGCAGCGCGGCGAGUGGGUGGACGUGGUGGUGGACGACAGGCUGCCCGCCAAGGACGGGGAGCUGCUCUUCCUGCACUCGGAAGAAGGCAGCGAGUUCUGGAGCGCCCUGCUGGAGAAGGCCUACGCCAAGCUCAACGGCUCUUACGAGGCUCUCACUGGGGGGUCUACCAUGGAGGGGUUUGAGGAUUUCACAGGGGGCAUCUCCGAGUUCUUCGACCUGAAGAAGCCGCCAGCCAGUCUGUACCAGAUCGUCCGGAAGGCGCUCCGCGUGGGCUCUCUGCUGGCCUGCUCCAUCGAUGUCUCCAGUGCAGCAGAAACGGAAGCUAUCACCAGCCAGAAGCUGGUCAAGAGUCACGCGUACUCAGUCACCGGAGUUGAGGAGGUGGAUUUCCGUGGCCGCCCGGAGAGGCUGAUCAGACUCAGGAACCCGUGGGGCGAAGUGGAGUGGACGGGAGCCUGGAGUGACAACGCCCCGGAGUGGAAUUACAUAGACCCCAGGCAGAAGGAAGAGCUGGACAAGAAGGCUGAGGAUGGAGAGUUUUGGAUGUCUUUCUCGGAUUUUCUGAGGCAGUUCUCUCGCCUGGAGAUCUGCAGCCCGUCCCCGGACUCCCUGAGCAGCGAGGAGGUUCACAAGUGGGGCCUGGUCCUGUUCAACGGCCGCUGGACACGGGGCUGUGCUGCUGGUGGCCGCCAGAACUUCCCAGCUCCGAUCGAUCCUCCCGCAGCGGCAACCGUAGCUCCGCGUCUGGUUGCGCGCCCUCGUGGGCCUGUGCGUGCCGGUGGACAGAUGCCCCGAGGCGCGCUGAGGAACCAAUCACAGCCAGCAGCGCGCAGGAGAGAGUCAGGUCUUGCUGGGAAAAAGCGGCCGCUCCCAGAAGUCUCUGAGACAGACAGACAGACACACGGCUGCUGAACUGCCCUGGGGAGCCUACCUCGGGAGGAAACAGAUGCCGUUUAGAUUUCUUUGCCUCUAAUUGUGAUGAUUAUAGGCCUGCAGACACUCUCUUUUGGGUAACGAACCAAAACUUCUAAUAUGUGCCAGGAAAAAAAAAAGCAUGUGAAAUAUGCAUUAGGGGAUGCAAUUACCCUCCAUGGUGACUUUUCAGGUGGGGGGGACAGAAUAAAAAACAAUGAAUGCUAAUUAGUUUACAUUAAUCAAAAUUAUAUCCUGCUUCUUUUUUUUUUCUUCCCCCCAGCUUGUAAGUGUUCAGAAGCAGGUUAUUCCAAUUUCACCCCUGUUUUUCAAAAAUUAAUAAGGGCCAUACAUUAGUGUACCAUUCUGCCUGCUUCAUGGAAUAGAUUAGUAAAGGUUUUAAUUACUGAAAUUAUACAGUCAUAAAAAGAUGAUUUAAUGAAAGCAAUCAUAUCAUUUGCAUUCCGGGCCUGCCUGCCUGCAGUCACCCCAAGAAACGCUAAAUUACUUGGAAGUGCAGACAAAUAAUUACUGCAUUGUCAUUCUGCUUGAGGACCCUGGGCUCCAGUGACUUCAAGUUCCCAGUAAAUACCAGCCCCACCCGAGACAGAGGGUUAGAGAUGACAAUGGAGACCUAAAAUCCCUCUUCCUUCCCCAUUCCCAGAGCUUGUCUUACCUGGAGAAAUCCAUUAGGACCUCCCUCGGAUAAGGGACAAUUCACUGGUGUGCUGUUUUGUGGAAGGUUUUGUGGUGGUUAACAUAAUUAGGCCCCAGUCUGGAAGUGAUAGCCCAGGUAUGAAAAAGACAGGUUAUUUUAUUACCUGUGUCAGGACAGCAGGUGGGUGCAUGAAAUCAUGCAUCAGGAAGGGUGCGCCCACCCACUUGCAAAGCCAGAAUCUAAGUGUGGGCGGGCGGCUCUAGAUCAGCCGCCCCCAGGGCCUCCUCAGCUCCCCCCACAAAAGAGGGGCAGACACAGUGACAUGUGACCAGCCCCAGUGAGGGCUGCUGAGUUCCCACUAGGAACCGUGUGGAAUUAUUGAAGGUCUGUGGUGGUGGCUGGUGGAAAGGGUCAGCGUCGAGAAGGGUUUAUUCUGCUUAGAUUUAUAGCAACCCUCAGAUGUCAAUUCCGGUGUCCCCAGUUCAAUUCUGCAGAGUACCCUUACUAUACCCUCCUAAUAAAUUGUCCCCACUCUGUGGACCCCAGAGCCCCUCCUUUGUGGUGCCCUGGGACUUUUGGGGCCAUCAUCCUUUGAUGAUGUCAGGACUUCAGAGAUGAGGGUACCCAUAAGCUUUUGGUUUUUUCCCCACUGGUCAAGUCUACUGAUACUCAUUGGACACUUACUACUAUGUGUAAAACCUUGUAUUGGGGUCUUAGCAUAGGAAAAGGGAUGGUGUUGCCCCAUCAGAAUGCUUCUUUAAAAAAUCCUCAUCUGAGGAUAUGUUUAUUGAUUUUAGGUGGCAGGACAGGGAGAGAGAGAAUCAUCAACAUGAGGGAAAUAUUGGUUGGUUGCUUCCCAUACACACCCCGGCCGGGGAUCAAUCCCACACCCCUGUGGUGUAGGGGGUGAUGCUCCAGCCACCUGAGGCACCCGGCCAGGGCCCCAUAAUAAUGUUUUUAAUGCACGUUACACAUCAUUUGUAUACUCAGAAAGUAGAAACUCAGUGUUGCGGUGACUUAAUUUCAGGGGAAAACCACCUUUAGGUGAGCUAAGGGAAGAAUUUUUGGAAAAGGCUGCAAUGAAGGACCAACGAGAGAUGGAAGGAGUCAGAGCAUCAUUAUUAUUAUUAAGCUAGGACCAUCCUCUGUUCUCUGAGAUGUGAAAGCUGAGGCUUGGAGAGGUUGCUAAAGACCACGUGGCAAGAGCAGGGGGAAGCUGGGGCUCCUGCUCCCCUGUCUGCUGCCCUCACCUCUGCUCUUCCUCCUCCCCAGGGAGAGGCUGCUGGAUCUGGAGGGAGCCCAGAAAGACAUCUUCCUGAGCUCUCGUGUUUCAGGGGUAACUAAGCCGGCUGGGUCCAGAGAAGUGAAGUGACUCAGCCAGAGUCAGCCAGGGACAGACCCAGGGCUGAACUGUGGCAAGAGGACAGGAGUCGAGGCAGUCUCCAGAGGGCUGACCGUGUGUGGGAGGGACCACAGGGCCCUGCAGGGGCUUGGUGAUCCCGGCCAGAGUGGGAGGGAGGCGCAGGGACACUGCGGGGCCUGCCCUUUGCUUUGCCCUUUGC